AUGAGCGACACGGCCACGCCGCCUUCAGUUCUCGACAGCAGCCCCGCCGCGACUGCCGUUGACUUGCCAGCGAAGCCACCGCCGAACCCACCACCGACGACCACCUCGUCAUCACAAUCGCCCAAAUCGCCCAAACCCCUUCGGCACACGCCCGCCCACAUUGAAAGCACCACCAAACUCGCGAGAAAUGUUUCCCCGGGCCUGCUGGCACGCAUGAAGUUUCUCAACCAAAUCAACGACAACAACAACAAGAGCGCCGUCGACGUCGGCCGGAUCGAGGAAGACCGCCUGCGACGUCUGGACGAGUUCCGCAAAGCCCGCAGUCUCGAAAUUGAGCGCCGCGGUACCGCCUGGAGUGGAAAGGCUGGUCAAGGUCCAGGUCCGGUUCAGGGUCCAGGAGCUGGAGAAACGCCGCUCGUGCCUCAGUCGACGGGUGAGAGCGUCCCUACGCUGGUCAUGGAGCCCGACUUCGACAGCGACCACAGCAGCGUCGUCUCUACCAGCGACAAAGUCCUCCCGUCCGAGUCCGACGCCGACAUGGAGCUCGACAUGCAAAAGUACCGCCUGCCCGACGUGACCAGGUCGGAAAAGGCCCUCAGCGGCACCAUGACCGCUGCAGAGCCCGAAGCUGCACCACCGACCGCAACGGCGCCCAUCGCACCUGCCGAAACAGAGCCCGCCGCGCCUACUCCCCCGCCCAAAGACACACCACCCCUUCCCUCACCACCCGCCCCAGUCGCUGAAGAGGAGCCAUCCGUCCUAGACGACAACAAUGGCAUCGACAUCGAGUCCUACUUCCAGAAGCGCCACUACCCGCGCGCUGGCUCCAUCUACACCCUCUCCAAAGCUAGUUUCACCAACCAGAUCCAGCAGUUGACUUCCAUGAAGCUACCUCCCACGACCAUCGCUUCCGAAAUUACCGCCCUUCCCACAUCCACCCAGGCCGGACGCGCACUACACAAGGCAGCAAACGACAUCCGCCUAUGGAUCUCCAAGACGAAAGAGGUCCUGAGUGGCCUUGACGCAGACGACGACGUAGAAUGGGCUGCAGCUGCCGGAAGAGAAGGACUGGAGGAAGUGGAUGCCGCCAUUGGCAAGUUCGAGGGGCUCGUCAACGUCUACAUCAGCGCCAUCGAAGACCUGCAGUCGCGCUCCGACAUUGCGCUCCUGCCCACCAAAGACCAGACCACGCUUGUAAGUCAGAUGGAAGACAUCGUGACCAACUGGGGUCAGAUCAAGCAGACGCUCAAGGGCAUCAAGAACCAGGUCGAGGUGGCCAUGGAGUGGGAGGAGCUGUGGAACAAUGUACUGGGCGAAAUCGGCGCCGAGGUGGAGAACCUCAGUCGCCUGGUGUUUGAGAUGGAGGAACGCAGACACCGCGUCAUCUCCGACUCAGUCGCCGAAGCCCCAGAGAAGUUUGAUAUCGCUGAGCUUGAAACCAUCGUCGAAGAGAUACCCCGAAAGCAGGCUAUACUGAACAGCAAGCGGCUUAGUAUGCCGCCUACGCUGUCCGUCGUCUCGCCCACCUCACCCAUCCCACAAAUCGAACAAGAGAACUCGCGACUACUAGCUCUCUUUGCAAAGCUGCAACCGCUGCGUGCUUCGCUCGAUUUCCUUCCUAUGCGACUGAACGCCUUCCAGAUGCGCGCGAGCACCAUCUUCCCUUCUGCAUGUGACGAACUCCUACGGAGGAAGGAACAGCUAGAAGCGGCAGAGGAGAAGCUUGAGUCUGAAGCAAAUGCGCUGAGAGAAGAGCUAGGCGAGGACAAAUGGGUGCACAGCUUCCGUCAAGCUGGCAGUAAGGCUGUUGCCAUGUACGACUCCUGCAUGAAGAGCAUCCAGAGACUACAGCAAGCCAUUGACGACAGUGAUGAGGAGAAGCUGUCUACGCGUAUUGCCACCUACAAAGACAAGAGAGACCACUACCCUCCGUCCAUGAGGCGUGUACUUGAGCUGAUUGACAUUGAGAUGAAGCAUAGGUCUACGGUCAACGGCGAGAUUCUGCGUAUACAAAAGGAUGUCCGCGCAAAGGUAGAGGACUUGGAAGAAGUGACUGGAAACACGGACGCCAUCUUGAAUGACUUUACCAGAUCGCGCAAGCUUCGUGAUUCAGUGUCCACGGUACUGACGGAGGCCUCACUCCCACAGUCAAACCUCGACACACCAGGUACCUCUCCCGCUUCAAGUGUCGUCAUGAGCCGUAAGAGUAGUGGACACGGACCCGCUGUUACUCCUGCAAACAAGAAGCCGCGUCAGUCAAGUGUUGCGAGCUCAAAAUUGUCGGCACCUUCCAAUCGGCGAUACUCUAGCAUACCCCAAGGCGAGAGUGUCGUUUCUCGUAAAUCUAUGACCUCGGCACGCUUGGACUUUACACCCUCGCGCGCCAUGUCCGGCACUGCAGCUAGCCAGGCACGCUCAAAGACACCCACCGAGAGACCUGGUCCCAAACCUCGCUGGAAUUCAGACACGCAUCUGCGUGAUACUGUCGUUGGGCACAAUUUCAAGCCGUUAACUCUAACCACGCCCUCACCUUUCCGGAAAGACACGGACUCAUCUGAUGGUUCACGGAGGGGCUCUGCAAGCCGUUCUUCCAUACCCCUGAGGAGCCCAUUGAGUCGCUCCUCGGCUCUUUCGCCCUCUGUAUCCGGCCGUUCUGCAUCUACUACUCCAGGACAGCAGCGCCCCACUCGGUCGUUGGCGAGCUCAUCGAACUCCCCUGUUACCCCCGCAAAGGGCAAGCUGCCGGUACGAUCUACACCCGUUUCUUCACCUCAGGUGAAACCAAGCACGCCAGCGUCUAGCCGCCGUGUCUCAACAGUAAUGGAAGACGGCAAGAGCCCCGCGAAAGAAGAAAGUCCCACGGCUCGUCGCGCAUCACGCCCCCCAAGUCUCACAGCCAGUCGUCGCAGCAGCUUAUUGCCUACGCCUAAGCAACGCACUACCUCCGCUUCCAAAAUCACAGAGACUACACCCCCAAAGCGCACCAGCAGCAGGCUUGAUAGCCUCGCUGAAAGCCGUACCUCCAGCCGUAGCACUUUGCCUCUUCAAGCAAACGACAGCAACAUCACGCAAUCAACGUCAGCGAAACUUGUACUAGCUGUUUUCACCAACUUCAAUUCGCGCCUGGAUCCUGGCUUGGUCCUAACCCCGUUCUUCAAUAUCGAUUUCUAG